AUGCUCCCCCGCCUGCUCCUCGGCGGCCCCCUCGCCGCGAGCGCCGCGCCCCUCCCCCGCCGCCGCGCCCUUGCCGGCCGCCGGGCCAUGUCCACCUCCGCUGCGCCCGCGCCCGGGCCGAGGCGGCCGCUGCGCGGGGUGGUCUUCGACAUGGACGGCACCCUGACGGUGCCCGUCAUCGACUUCCCGGCCAUGUACCGCGAGGUGCUCGGCGGGGACGCGGCCUACGCCGCGGCGCGCGCCGCGGGCGGAGGCGCCGUCGACAUCCUCCACUGCAUCGAGGACUGGGCGCCCGACAAGCAGCGCCACGCGUACGAGGUCAUAGCGCGCUUCGAGCGGGAGGGGCUCGACCGCCUCCAGAUCAUGCCCGGGGCCUCGGAGCUAUGCGGCUUCCUGGACGCAAAGGAGAUCAGAAGAGGCUUGAUCACCCGUAAUGUGAAGGACGCAGUUGAUUUGUUUCACCAAAGAUUUGGUAUGAAGUUCACUCCUGCACUGAGUAGAGAAUUUCUUCCCUAUAAGCCAGAUCCAGCUCCACUACUUCACAUAUGCUCCACUUGGAACAUUCCACCACACGAAGUGAUCAUGGUCGGUGACAGUCUCAAGGAUGAUGUUGUUUGUGGAAAGAGGGCAGGAGCUUUUACUUGCUUGCUCGAUGAAACGGGGCGAUAUGGUCCUCAUGAUUCUUUGCCUGAGGAAGUUAAACCUGACUUCAAGGUGUCCUCGCUUACAGAAGUAUUCACUGUGCUGGAUGAGCACUUCGAUUUGGCACCAGUGCCUGCUGAGAGUAGAAUAUGA